AUGGCCGCCUCCACCCGGUCCGUCCGCUCCAGCAACCUGAGCUACGGCAGCCGCGUCUGCCUGCCCGGUUCCAGUGACUCUUGCACCGACGCCCCCUGGCAGGUGGACGACUGUCCAGAGAGCUGCUGUGAGCCCUCCUGCUGCGCCCCCAGCUGCUGCCCCUCCACCUGCUGCACACCCCUCUGCUGUAAGCCUGUCUGCUGCACAUCUGUCUGCUGCAGGCCCGCGUGCUGCACACCCGUCUGCUGCAGGCCCGCGUGCUGCACGCCCGUCUGCUGCAGGCCCGCAUGCUGCACACCCAUCUGCUGCAGACCCGUGUGCUGCAGGCCCAUAUGCUGCACACCUGUCUGCUGCAGGCCCGUGUGCUGCACGCCCGUGUGCUGCAGGCCCAUAUGCUGCACGCCCAUCUGCUGCAGGCCCGCAUGCUGUGUGCCCGUCUGCUCUGGGGCCGCCUCCUCAUGCUGCCUACCCACCCCCUGCCCCUCGGCCUGCUGCGGGCCCUCCUCCUGCGUGUCCCUCAUCUGCCGCCCCGUGUGCAGACCCGCCUGCUGCGUGCCCGUCUCCUCCUGCUGUGGCCCCUCCUGCUGCCAGCCCAGCUGCUGCCGCCCGGCCUCCUGCGUGUCCCUCAUCUGCCGCCCAACCUGCUCCCGCCCGGCCUGCUGCAUCCCAGCCUCGGCCCAGACAUCCUGCUGCUGA